UCAUGGCGACGGUACAAGCCUUACGGGAAUGGUUCUGGAACGAAAGGGUGUGGUUACCCGGCAAUGCUACAUGGGACGACUUCGAAAACCCACCACCUGGUCAAUACUACCCUUUAGAAAGGCACAUACUCUUCCCAAGCUUCUUCUUAGGCAUUUUUCUGCUUGGAAUUCGUUUUGUUUACGAAAGAUGUCUGGUGGUCCCGUUUGCCAAGUACAUGGGCCUGACCUUCAAGAAAACUUACCGUGUAGAGAGGAACCCCACUCUGGAGGCUGUGUAUGUGACUGACAAGUACCCAGAACAGGAACUAGUCCAGAAAUCAACAAGCUUGCAGGAAUUAUCCAAGAAGACAAGUCUGCCUGAACGACAGAUACAGCGAUGGUUCCGACACAGACGAAGUCAGGACAUUCCUGGCCGCAUGAAAAAGUUCAGGGAAUGCAGCUGGCAUUUCCUGUUCUACUUGUCCAGCUUUGUUAUCGGCAUGUAUGUCCUUUGGGAUAAACCCUACUUCUGGGAUUCUAAGCAUUGCUGGAUAUCCAGCGGACGACAGCAUGUGCCCAAUGAUGUAUACUGGUACUAUACGAUCGAGCUCGGAUUCUACUGGAACCUUGUGUUUACCCUGGUUACAGACCACAAAAGAAAAGACUUCAGAGAACUUGUCGUCCAUCACUUUGUUACAAUGAUGCUCAUCUACUUUUCAUUUGCUGCGAACCAAGUCCGCAUCGGAACCCUCGUCUUGCUUGUCCACGAUGCUGUCGACUUCUGGUUGGCGGGGGCUAAGAUGGCCAACUACGUGAAGAAACCAACGCUUACUGAUAUACUGUUUGGAGUUUUUUUUGUCGUGUGGAUUAUCACCAGGAUGUAUAUCUACCCGUUCAGGGUUGUAUGGUCGGCCACCUUUAUAUCCCUGGAACACAUUGAAAUCUGGCCAGCCUACUGGAUCCUCAACAUACUUCUGUGGGUUCUACAGGUGCUACAUAUCAUCUGGACCUACAUGAUCUGUCGUAUUAUGGCCACCAAGUUUACUGGUGAUAAGAAGCUCAAAGACCUUAGUAGUGACACAGAGGUGUCGACAGGUGGAGAGGAAGAUGAUAUCAUCAAGGGAAAAAAAGGUGUUGCUAAUGGAUCACCAGCAAUGAGCCGAAAUCCAAAAGCUGCAGAUAGCAGGAAGAAGCGUAGGGCAUAGCACAAUGUGGUUUGGAUACGAGCAAGCAAAUAUUUCGUCAGAAAUCCACGUUUAAUUUGCAGGCAGCUGCAAUAAUGACAGGGCAAUGGGCGGGGCAGUUAUGGGUGGGGCAACCACCAAAUAAGGUCACCGUACUAUAUAAUGAAAUUCGAAUUCCAUCCUUGAAUGCUCUAGCCUUUCAUCGGGGACAAAUAGAUCUCGUGAAAUUGGGUUUAUUAGAAUGGUUAUUUACGAUGCACACACGCUUUGAUGAUAUACAUGUAGGUAUUUGUUACCUGUUCUGAUAUGCUGUUUUUCUGUUUAAAAAUUCAUUGAAGAAGGCAAAGUUAACUAAUGAUAUGUUUUUUGAAAAUCUGUUGUGCUAGCUUAAUGGUUGUUAAAUGUAUGUGUGGGCAUAAUAAGUUUGGUCAAUGGGUAGAUCAUAAAGUGGAUUAAUGUUUGUGUUAUUGCCAUAUCGUCUUAAGAAAUCCAUUUUAUAUGGAAUGUGUUAUAAUAUUAAUUGAUACUGAUGUCGAGGUAGCCAUUCUGAUUACCAAAUAUCUCAUAUUUUGGAGGAUAUAGUGAAAACUCUCCAAUAUUUCAAUAUUUGAAACUUGAAUUUUAGGCCAUGAAAAGAUAUAUAUUAUAUAUAUUCAUAGGUUUCUUUUAAAACCAUUAAAAAAAAAAAAAAAAAAUUAACAAAUUUUCAUUGGUGCAUUCCUGAAUUAUUUCAUGGUAAUUUCAUGAGAUUUUCAUGGUAAUUUCAUGAGAUUUUCAUUGGGAAGCCACCCAGUAGUGGUCAGAAAGGAAAAUUCUGACCCAGACGGUGUAUGGUACCUGGUAAUUGUGACAUCAUAAAGUAUUUACAAUGUCACAACAGAGUAAUAAUUACACAUUGCGUCUUAUUAUAUUGAAGACAUUGCUGUUUGACAUGUUAUGUGAUAAAAGUAGAAAAUAAUUCCAAAUAUCUAUUUGAAACUAGAAUGUUAUUAAUAGUAUGUUAAUGAAAUAUAUAUAUCAAAGAUUCGAAAAAUUAGAAUGUUGCCGAAAACAGGCCAAAGUUUAAAGUAAAAACGGUGGUCCUGCUUGGUCGAGUUGCUAAUAUGCCAGGGUGUCUUCAUAGUAACUGUUAAGUUAUCUAGCUGAUAACACAUGUGGUGUUCAAAUGGCUGCUGAAUACAAGAUAAGGAGGUUCAAUUCUACAGUUCAAAUUAGUUCACUUUCUUUAUUUUCAUAUUACAAAAUCACCUUGUUUUUUAAGUGUGACAGGAGUUGUAUAAAUUUAACAUGAAAUACCUAUAAUAAAAAGAUUAUUUUGAUACCUAUAAGGAGUAGAAAUCUGAAAUAUAUAUUUUAUUGUCGCUUUUACAGUGUAACCAUUUUUUCCAAGUGCCUAAGUUAGUGCAGUGCUUUGUUUUAACAGUAUAAAGCUAUCUCAGGCUGUGAUGAUAACUAAUAACACAGGUUUAUCGAAUAACACAUUUUUAUCAAAUAACACAGGUUUGUCGAAUAACACCGGUUUAUCACGUCAAUAUAACAACUUUUAAUUAAAGCUUAGAAAAUUAGCAAGAAAAAAAACUAUUGUAUGAUGGGAUAAUGCCAAACAAAGAAUUCCUUUUAAUAUUUAAAUAAUUUAUAAUAUAAUAUAAUAAUUGUAAUUAUAGUAUUUCAAUUUCAACAAAUUUUAUGUCCAUAAGAAAAUGGAUUUUUUUCUGCUGAUAAUAUCAAUUACUUUGCAUCAGAUGAAGAUACUGAAUUAUGUGUCUUUCCAAAUGCCAUGAAAUAUUUCUAUCCAUCCAAGUUGAGGCCUUGCCAUGUCAUAUAGAUCCAACAUUUUAUUGAUAAGGACAUCAUACACAUCUAAUUGAUAAAUUGAUAAGGGUGUCAUAUAGAUCUAAUGUUAAAUUGAUAAGGACGUCAUAUAGAUCUAAUGUUUAAUUGAUAAGGACAUCAUAUACACUAGACUGUAGAUCUAAUGUUUAAUUGAUAAAGACAUCAUUAAGAUCUAAUGUUAAUUGAUAAAGACGUCAUAGAUCUAUCUAAUGUUUAAUUGAUAAGGAUGUCAUAGAUAUAAUGUUAAGUUGAUAAGGACGUCAUAUAGAUCUAAUGUUUAAUUGAUAAAGACAUCAUUAAGAUCUAAUGUUAAUUGAUAAAGACGUCAUAGAUCUAUCUAAUGUUUAAUUGAUAAGGACGUCAUAGAUAUAAUGUUAAGUUGAUAAGGACGUCAUAUAGAUCUAAUGUUUAAUUGAUAAAGACAUCAUUAAGAUCUAAUGUUAAUUGAUAAAGACGUCAUAGAUCUAUCUAAUGUUUAAUUGAUAAGGACGUCAUAGAUAUAAUGUUAAGUUGAUAAGGACGUCAUAUAGAUCUAAUGUUUGAUUAAUAAAGACAUGAUUAAGAUCUAAUGUUAAUUGAUAAAGACGUCAUAGAUCUAUCUAAUGUUUAAUUGAUAAGGACGUCAUAGAUAUAAUGUUAAAUUGAUAAGUACGUCAUACAGAUCUAAUGUUUGAUUAAUAAAGACAUCAUAUAGAUCUAAUGUUUGAUUGAUAAGGACGUCAUAUAUAUCUAAUGUUAAUUGAUAAAGAUUUCAUACAUAUCUAAUGUUAAAUUGAUAAAGAUGUCAUAUAAAUCUAACAUUUAAUUGAUAAGGACAUCAUAUAGAUCUAAUGUUUAAUUCCACAACAUUGAAAAGGUAACAGAAACAAUUUUGACAAUAAUCUAGUUUCAGAUAACAGAACAAUGCUGAUGACAGAACAUGCAUUUGCAGUGUUAAAUGAUUAACAGUUUAAAUCAUUAAAGGUGUAUGUCACUAUCCAUCCAUUAAUAAUAUCUUAAGUGUUUUACAUAUCUGUAUUAAAAUCAAAUGAGUUGUUUAGCUAGAUUUGUGAUAAACAUUUUUGGAGAACUGUAUUAGUUUUUUGUACUUUUAUUUGAAAAGUAAAUUUACAUUGUUUGUUUGUGUAUAUAAUGAAAAUUUUAUUCUUGCAAUGCAAAACCGAUUCUGUUCUGAGCACACAGAUGGGUUACCUCCCUUCUUACACAUUUAGCUCAGUGUGCAUGUUGUCAAAAGCAUUAUGAAAACUUAUACAUAGUUCUAAUAAUUAGUUUUUCUUUGUUGUAUGAUUUUUCAUGAGAGUAUAUCAAAGCUAUAUAUAGGUUAUUUGUGGGUACAGCAUUUAUAGUUUACUUGUGGGUACAGCAUUUUUAUUUUUAUUUUUCUAAUAGAUUAAUUUUUGUUUUAUUCAUUUGAAUUUUCUGUUGCACGCAUCACAUGGUUCGUACAGAUGACGAAAAGUGCUGGCAUUUGGGGUCAGUGCAGGGAAAGUGCAAGAAUUGCUCACAACACUUGGAAAGUACUAGAAUUCAUACUUGCGGUAAGCAAGCUUUUUCAGAUUGCUUUAAAAUGAGUAAUUUAUGAAAAGAAAAUUAUAAAAAGAUUUUAAUCAUCAGCAUUAUUUACUUUUAAAUUUUUGAAAAUAUCCAGAUUGUGGUGUUUGGUUAUUUAUUAUAAGGGCAGUCUUUUAAACACUUGACUUACAUCAUGCAAUUUUUUAUUUUCAUCAUGUUAAAGACAAAAAUUACCUCAAUUUUAUACAAGUAUAGACAAAAAAUGGAGCGGCAAAAUUGAGAAUAAUGCUGGAAAAGUGCUUGAAGAGUGCUAAAAUUUUGGCGUGAAAAAUCUGUACGAACCAUGAUCUGUUUUCAGUGUUCCAGAAACGAUAAAACUAACAUUCCAUUUACUUUUUUCUUCCACAAAGUGUAUGAAACGAACAUAUUAAGAAUGAAUAAAAAAUAUAUUUAGAGUUUAUUGUGUCAAAUAUUUGAUAACAUGUCAUUUUAUGUAAUCAAUUCCUCGGCAGUGUGAUGGAGUAUGUACUGUACAAUAAUAAAAGUUAGUUUUGUUCAUUAAUUUAGAUAUGGCCACUGCUUCUUCAGUUGUUACUAGUUAAAUGAAGCUGUUGAUGAAGAAUUCUGCUGUAUAUUGAGAAUGCUGUGUGUAUUGGAUAUUAGCUCACGUGUAUUAUAUAUCUCAGGAUCUAACACAUUAUUUAGUUACUGUUAUUGGAGUUUACAUAUCAAUUUAUUUCACUCAUAAGUACUGUAUUUUUCUUACAAUAAACCCAUGCCUUAUAAUAAAGACACCAGUAUUUAUUGCAUUCAGUAAAAAAUUAAAUCACCAAUACUUGAAGAAAUGUUUUCUCUGCCCUGGCGUAAUAAUCCAGCCUCAUGACUUUGGGGUCAGAGGUCAUGCAGUGGCCCUCCGGGUUUAUUGUUGGACGAAUACGGCUUUGAAUCAAGUACUUACUGUGUAGACAGUCAUACAUACAUGUGGCAGAAUUUUUUAUUUUUUUUUUUUAUUUUGAAAAUUAUACUAUCAUCUAUAUACCAUGUCAGUGCUAUGGAUAAAAUUUUGCUAUUUAUAGAUAUCUUUAUUGGACAAAGACAGCGAAGACAACAUUCACCUUAGGAAUCAAAUAUGUUGACUAUGUUUUAUCACAUGAAAAGGUUGUAUGUUCAUCCAGUCUAUUUAUAGUAACAAUGGAGUGUGGCUAAUUUAUCAAUUGUAUAAACUACUGCAAGCUUGUAUGUAUCUGGCACAGUACUAACAAUAAUAUUAUUGAAUAUGUUACACAAUUGUCAUUUUUCACAAAUUUUUUAUACCUACAGUACAUACUGGUAAUAAUAAUCACAUAUAUAAUCCCUAGUUGUCUCACUCAGUCACUGUCAAUAUGCCGUGAAUAUGUCGCUUGUUAGUAUGUAUAUAUAGAUAAUGAUAUAUAUAUGUAUGAUAAAACUAUUAAGUAUGAUCUCUACUGACAAAGUAAUACACGAAGAAAGCGAAAACCUUGACACAUAAAUGUAUGUUUUAGUAAGUGCUGUCGUCACACCUUCAGACUGUCCAUUCAAAGGAAGUAUUGUGAUGUCAUUGGUUAUGAUGUCAUUUCCAUAGUGAUGUCAUCAGUU